GUCAGUGAUUCUAGUGGUUUCCUGCCCAAGACCCCACCUUUUCUUCUAGUAUAUUUUAUUACACUACUAACUGAAUGUUGCUUAUUUUUCAUGGCACAAAUUUUCAAUCCUUUUCUACAUUUUUUUUAAAAUUUAACUUUCUGUUGCAAACCCCACAAAAUAAGCCUGGGUUGUCUAGGACAAGAUUUUGUGUACCCAUGGUUUGAGUUUCAAUUCUUCUGAUACUACUAAUUAUUACACUCCUUCUUCAUGCCCACACGCGCGAGGCGAGACUAUAAAGUAGAGAGAGGGAAAAUUAUCAAAGAGAAUAAUCAGACGGAUUUCUUCAUAGAGAAGGAGAGAAAAGAAAGCUCGAUAGAGACCCCUCCAAAAGCUCAAAACUUGUAAAAAUCAUUUUAGAGAGAGAGAGAGAGGGGGACUGGACCCUCUCACUCCCUUUUGCAUAUAUACUUAGACAAGAAAGCCCUGAUCUUUUGCUGAUCAUCUCAAGUGUCCAUCUCCCAGUUUGAAUUUCAAGAAAGUGGACUUUCUUUCUGUCUUCAAAUUCCUCAACACCAACCUCAAAACAUCAAGAAAAUCAAUUUUAAUUUCUACCUCAAUUUUAGGUGUCUGAAAAAGAAGACGACAAAUGGUCUGAAAGUGAGUUUGCAUGGCGAGUCACAGAGUCGGUGAGGCAGACUCGGGAGCUCCACACCACCACCACAUCCCCUACGCGAUUCCUCACAUGCUUCACCACCCCAACAACUCUACUUUCAUAAAUCAAGAAGGGUCUGCUUUUGAUUUCGGAGAGCUUGAGGAGGCCAUUAUUCUGCAAGGAGUUAAGAUCAAUAAUGAUGACAAAAAACAACCUUUAUACACCGCAAUCAGGCCUGCUGCAACUCUGGAUAUGUUCCCUUCUUGGCCUAUGAGAUUCCAGCAGCAUACCCCAAGAGGAAGCUCAAAAUCAGGAGAGGAGAGUACUGAUUCAGGAUCAGCUGUAAACACACUUUCCAACACUCCCGAGUCUCCCUCCGACCACCGCCAGCCACCUCCGCCGCCGCCGCAGAUGGACGCCGCCGGUGGGAUUGACAGCCCGAGGUUAAGUGGCUCACACUCACAGCCAGCUGCCAAGCCAGCCCCAGAAAAGAGAAGAGGGCCUGGUUCUAACUCAGACAAAGUGCUUGAUGCUAAGACAUUGAGACGUUUAGCCCAAAAUAGGGAAGCAGCUAGGAAGAGCAGACUUAGAAAAAAGGCGUAUGUACAGCAGCUAGAAUCAAGCAGGAUCAGGCUUGCUCAGUUGGAACAAGACCUUCAGAGGGCAAGGUCACAGGGACUUUUCUUAGGAGGAGGUGGGGCUGCAAGUGGGAGUAUUAGCUCUGGUGGAGCAAUAUUCGAUAUGGAAUAUUCGAGAUGGCUAGAUGAUGAUCACAGGCACAUGUCCGAGCUUCGAACUGCAUUGCAAGCUCACCUAUCCGACGGUGAUUUGAGGGUUAUAGUCGACGGAUACAUUGCUCAUUAUGACGAGGUCUUUCGCCUGAAAGGUGCUGCUGCUAAAUCUGAUGUCUUCCACCUCAUCACCGGAAUGUGGACUACGCCUGCAGAGAGGUGUUUCCUUUGGAUGGGCGGUUUCCGGCCAUCAGACCUAAUCAAGAUGUUAAUACCACAAUUAGACCCUUUAACAGAGCAGCAAUUUAUGGGGAUUUGCAGCCUCCAGCAUUCCUCCCAGCAGGCAGAGGAGGCUCUUUCACAAGGGUUGGAACAAUUGCAACAAUCCUUAGUUGACACCAUUGCUAAUGGCUCUGCCAAUGACAGCAUGCAUCACAUGGCCGUCGCAUUGGGCAAGCUCGCCAAUCUUGAAGGCUUUGUUCGACAGGCAGAUAAUUUGAGGCAACAGACCCUUCAUCAGCUGCACCGUUUACUGACAAUCCGGCAAGCUGCGCGUUGCUUCCUGGUGAUCGGAGAAUACUAUGGCCGACUACGAGCUCUGAGCUCCCUGUGGGCUUCAAGACCAAGAGAGAGUAUGAUUGCAGAUGACAAUUCUUGCCAAACGACGACGGAUUUGCAAAUGGUGCAGUCUUCUCAAAAUCAGUUCUCAAACUUCUGAUUAUUAUUGUUAUUUCUUGAUGAUUAGAUUAAAUGUGGAGCAUUGAGGUUGUUUAGGGCUGCUACUUUUAGAGAAGAUAGGUUUCCUCCUAUAAUUUUGAUGUAGCUUUUGGUUUAAUGUCAACAUACUACAAUGUUCUCUUGUAAAUGUAUAUCAAUAUUUAUGCAAAUUAAUUUUCCAUUCUUGUCCAA